AUGCUGUCAACUUCAUGGCGCAACACAGGCGACUUACCCAAGGAUCCAUCUCGAACAUCUUUCGUGGGCAAAACUGAUAUAUUCGUCACUGCGAAAACCAAUCUACAGACAGUGACUGCUCGAGGUGAUUCAGAGACUAUUGGUUCCCAAAAAGGCCGAGUGACUGCGUUGGUUGGAUACAGCGAUUUACCACAUCAGAUCCACAAGAAGGCCGUAUCCCGUGGUUUCACAUUUAAUCUCAUGGUCACUGGAUCCCCAGGCCUUGGGAAAUCAACAUUUAUCAAUUCACUAUUCUGCUCCGACAUAUAUAAUUCGGAGAACCCGGGUCCGUCAGUGAGACCAACUUCUGGAGUAACUCGUGUCGACUGCAGGUCUUUUGUAAUCUCAGAAUCCAAUGUGAAGCUGCAUCUACGGAUCCUAGACACACCUGGCUUCGGUCAGCUGGUGGACAACUCGCAUUGCUGGGAACCGAUAGUCGCGUGUCUUGAAUCUCAGUUUGAUGAAUAUUUGAAAGCGGAACUGAGUGUUUCUCGGACCACACUGGGAUCUGGGGUCAGUUACAUCCCAUCUUUACCCGAAGACAACCGAACACACGCUUGCAUUUACUUUAUCAACCCGAAUGGACACGGGCUGCAUCAGUUGGAUAUUGAGACGAUGAAGCGGCUUCAUGAUAAGGUGAAUUUGAUCGCUGUUAUCGGUAAAGCAGAUUCCAUGACUGCGGAUGAACGCCACCACUUCAAGCAAACUGUCAGAACCCAGUUAGAGGAAAACAAAAUAAAUGUAUACAACUUUCCACAAUCCGUGGUCAGUCUGGGGGGAGAGGCGACUGAUAAGGUUCUGCAGGAGAUUUUAGAAUGGCGUGAACGACAGCCGUUUGCAGUGGCUUGCAGCGGUCAGCUAAUUAAAGAAGCAGAUGGCCGCAGAGUUCGUGGCCGAGUGUACCCGUGGGGUGUGAUGGAAACAGACAACCAGGCCCAUAAUGAUUUCGUCGCUCUGCAGAACCUAUUAUUGAACGUUCAUUUGCAGGAUCUGAUUGACGUCACUACCACUGAACAUUAUGCCAAAUUCUUUGCCGCCAAGAUGACAACCAUUGCCGAGGCUAGCCAGUUCCCCACCGAGCCCGAUGCGCGCGAGCCACUAAGUCAGUUAGAGGCGGAGCGUAAUGAACAGAAGAGACGUCUAUCCCGAAUGGAGGCUGAUAUGGAGGCGGUGUUUGAGCAAAAAGUUGCGGAACGGACGAGGAAACUGGAAGAGAGCCGCCGUGAGCUGGAACAACGAACAAAACAGUUGAGUCAACAACUUGCCACUGAAGCGUCAGAAUACGAAAAACAGAAACGUCACUUUGAAGAAGAGCGUUCAAUAUGGGAGGCGGAGAAUCAAGAUAUUCUCGAGACAGGGCUAACCACCCAGCCGGAACCUCGAAUAUUUUCUUCAUCUAUUGAUUACCACUCUGGCUCCAGCCCUGGUCUAAGACCCUCUUUCGGACAGUUAGGUACUAAGGUGCCCGUUACGCGGAAGUCCAAUACGUGGUUUAGUCGAAACCGUUCAAGCUCACGUCCAUUUGCCGCCAACCGCCUUCGUACUAUGCACGAAGUUUGGUCUUCCAGUUGCUUCAAGCGUCGAUCGAAAUCUGCUGAUCUUUUUACGCACCGUCUACAUCAGGGAGGAUGUUCUCAACCCGAAGAUGAGUGUUGCAGUUCAGCUUUUCCGAGCCGAUGGCGAAUUGAACACUUGCCUGUCAUGACAGUAAAUCAGACAUCCUAUUAUAGUCGGAUUCCGCCUAACACAUUUCAACCCAGUAGGCCAUCAAUUGCUUCUGGACAGUCCAUCAGGCGCGGUCCCGCUCCACUGGCCAAGCCGGAACCAUCAAAUAUCAACUUGUGCUAUUCUGCAAUCAUUACAAGACCAGUCAGCCAUCUGAUGCGCGAAUUUGUUGACCGGAAGGUCCGUGGUUCGAACCCGACUUCUGCAUUUCAACUUCCGUUUAGGCUUGGGCGACCUGACAAUAUCCCAGCCCUCGUGGUUUCUUCGGGUGGCAUGACAGCUAGGCGCCGAAGCGGUGAUAUAGCUGAACGAUUAUAA